AUGUCCGUAAUUUUAUUGGAUUCACCAUUUGGAUAUCACAUAUUGUAUACAGAAGAUGAAAAAAAAUUAGAUCCAUCACUGAUCAAAAAUAUGAAGUUGAUUUGCUCCUAUAAGUUCCCAAAUGCUGAAUUAGGUGCAGUGAUUAAUCAAAAGAUUGAAAAUAAGAACAUACUUCCAGAUCAAAUAUCAACAUUUAUUGCUGAUUCUCUUAAACAAUAUUCCUUUUUACCAAUGGCCAAUUGGUAUUUUACAUCUGACUCUUUAAUGAACUUAAUUUUGCAAAAUUUCCACGCAAAGUGCCAUUACCUUCCACCAAUAUUUAUAAGAGCAAUCAAUGAAAACAUUUAUUCAUUGCUCAAUACAACUGAAGCAGAAUAUGAUAAGGCACGAAUGGCUUUAGUAUCAGUCCUCUAUGAUGAAGAGACUUAUGAGUUUGAAUCUUACCAAGAACCAAUUAAUCGAGAGAAAUAA